AUGGAGGCAUAUGAAGAAGGGAGAGAGAGUCCCAAGAACAAGACAAGAGAUUCAGAGGAGUGCCAUGGUGAUAUAAUGCUGGGGAAGAUGGAAGAAUUGACGAAGAUGAAGGAAGAACUGCAGAAAGCAAAAGAUGAGGCUAUGCAAUCAUGGUUAGAUUCCAGGCCUCUGAUCGAUGAGCUUGAAAAACUACAAUCAGGUCUCGCGAGUGCUAAAAACCGGGCGUCUAUGUCUAACAUUGUGAUCUCGGAGCUUGAAUCACAGCUUGAGGCCACCAAUGCGGACACCCGAUCCAAAAUGGAAGAAGAAAUCAAGGUCACAAAUAUGACCAAUGAAAUAACUCGGGCUAUGGAUCAUUUGCGUGAAGAAUUCAAAAGAAUCAAGCUGGAAACAGAUGAAGAGCGCAGAGAAAGAUCAACACUGAAACAGGUCCUGAGGCUGAGGAGGCAGACUCUACGAAAGUUGCAACUAACACUUCGAGCAGUACAGAUAGAAUCAGAAGCUUUCGGAGAAUCAGCAGCAGCAGCACUAGGGCACAUCAAGAGUUGGGAAUCAGAGAAUAGCACUGUUCAACUCAGCCAAGAAGAGUAUCUUUCCUUAAAGCGAAGAGCCAAAGAAAGGACAUCACUUUCUGACUGGCGGAUUUCUGUGUCCACGGAACAGAAGUUAGCAGCUGAAGAAAGCCGAAACUUAGCGUCAAGAAGAUGGAAAGAAAUUCUCUCUGAAAAGAACAUGUCAUGGAGAAGGAGAAUGGAAGAUGAAAAGACAAGGGAAGAUGGAUGCACCAUUAAAGAGGAGGAGGAAGAAGAUUCAAGGUCCAAGAAAGUGAAAAGAUCAGGAAAUGCUUUUCCUAAAGCUCGACCAAAAGCAAUUUCUAAAUCCAAAUCGACUACUCCACCACAAAAAACGAGAGGAUCAGCGAGGAAAAGAAAUAAAAAGCUACAAAAGAAAAAGAAACUAUCCAUUUUACAACAAGUAAGGCGUUUUCUAGUACAAAGCAUGAGAAAACUCUUUGGAUGA